AUGGCAAUUUACAAACUCAUUUUGAUUUGCUCGAUAUUUUGCGCUAUAAGUUUUGCACAGAGGGGAUCCUAUGCUGGCAAGAGACCGAUCGGAUAUCCAGAACUAGAAUCAAAUCCAAUCACAAAUAAAUAUGGAGAGACUGCGGAUCUUCCCAUAGAAGCUAACGGAGAUUGGAACUUAAUAAAAAGAUUAAGUAAACUACCAGAUGACAAAAAGCCUUUUUGGUUUCUGAAUUGGCGUCAAUAUAAUGAAGUCCGAAAUAAUCCUAAAACUUAUCAACAAAGACCUAAUGUGUAUAUUGAAGGACAUAAGAAAUAA